GGUCGCCUUUUCUCUUUCCUGUAAGCUGCGCUCCGCUGCGGCGUGUCUUCUAACGGAGUGCGCGAUCCCAUAUGGUACAACAUGAGUGUGCCGGCUUUCAUUGAUAUCACCGAGGAGGACCAGGCUUCUGAGCUUCGAGCUUACUUGAAAUCCAAAGGGGCUGAAAUCUCUGAAGAAAAUUCUGAUGGUGGUCUACAUGUGGAUUUGGCUCAGAUAAUAGAGGCAUGUGAUGUCUGUCUGAAGGAAGAUGACAAAGAUGUAGAAAGUGUGAUGAACAGUGUUGUUUCUCUGCUUUUGAUCCUUGAACCUGAGAAACAGGAAGCUUUGAUUGAAAGUCUCUGUGAAAAACUGGUGAAAUUUAGAGAGGGGGAACGACCAUCACUCAGAAUGCAGUUGUUAAGCAACCUCUUCCAUGGAAUGGAGGAGAAUACACCUGUAAGAUAUACAGUGUACUGCAGCCUAAUCAAAGUGGCAGCCACCUGCAAUGCAAUUUCUUUCAUUCCAACCGAUCUUGACCAGGUGCGCAAAUGGAUUACAGACUGGAAUCUUAGUAUUGAAAAGAAGCAUACUCUGUUGAGGUUGGUUUAUGAGGCUCUUGUGGACUGCAAGAAAAGUGAUGCUGCAGCAAAAGUUAUGGUAGAACUGCUGGGAAGUUACACAGAGGACAAUGCCUCACAAGCAAGAGUUGAUGCUCACAGGUGCAUUGUACGGGCUCUGAAGGAUCCUAACACCUUUCUUUUUGACCAUCUCCUCAUACUCAAGCCAGUUAGGUUUCUGGAAGGGGAACUUAUACAUGAUCUUUUGACAAUCUUUGUGAGUGCAAAGUUAGCUGCUUAUGUCAAGUUCUACCAAAACAACAAAGACUUCAUUGAUUCACUUGGGUUGUCUCAUGAGCAAAACAUGGCAAAAAUGAGGCUUCUCACUUUCAUGGGGAUGGCUGUAGAGUACAAAGAAAUUUCCUUUGACACAAUCCAGCAAGAACUACAGAUUGGAGCAGAUGACGUGGAAGCCUUUGUCAUUGACGCUGUCAGAACAAAAAUGGUGUAUUGCAAAAUUGACCAAACUCAGCGUAAGGUGGUUGUAAGCCACAGCACACACAGAACAUUUGGGAAGCAGCAGUGGCAGCAGUUGUACGACAGUCUGAAUUCUUGGAAACAGAACUUGAACAGCGUGAAAAACAGCCUUCUUAGCCUUUCCACCACUGCAUGAAAGCAUUUUAUUUUUAUACCACAUACUUCAAAGAACUGAUCUUUUCAGUUUAUUUAAUACAGUGUUUUAUUUUACACAUUAAACAUGAGUAAAAAAAGACAAAUAAACUGAAA